AUGGCAGGCUCGCACUUCCCUCUACGGCCUCUACCUCCUUCGAGGAAUCCUUCGGGUACACCAUCAGACUACCCUCUACUUCGACCCUUACCUCCUUCGAGGAAUCCUUCUGCUACACCAUCAGACCACCCUCUACCACGACCUCUACCUCCUUCGAGGAAUCCUUCUGCUACGCCAUCAGACGUCUCUUCACUACGACCUCUACCUCCUUUGAAAAUUCCUUCUUCUACACCGUCAGGUUUCCCUUCGCCUCUCAACUCACCACCACGUUCCAAUUUCCAGCAUGGACCCACCAGUGGUGUCGAUACUCUCCCGUCUCCGGGACUCCAAGGCUCCGAGUCUUUCUACAAUCAGAACGCAACAGGCAGUGCUUUGUCCGUGGCUUCAGACCAGACAGGGGUGUCCGCGCCGGUGGCAUAUGCCGAUGAGUUCCGGUUCAAGAUAAUGAUCCAGUACCUCAGUAAGCAGAUAGACAAGGCCGGUUGGAUACCCUCCGAGAAAAACAAGAAAACACCAAAUAGAUACGGAGUGCUAUACAAGAAGUCCCGGGGACGAUAUGUCACAUACCCAGAGGAACUGUCACAGGCACUUGUUGCCUGUGUGCAAAGACUCAACCUAGUCGUCGCCUUCACCAUGAAGCCGGAUAUGCUCGACGGCAUCCUUGCCUCUCUCAGACCAAACCAAAGCGAACUAAAGCUCAUGGACGGCUCUCAACUCCAAAUCGCCGACUCGCUUAACAGCAUGGUACCCGCCAACGUCAAGAAGUUUCAGUACGCCUGCUUGGUCCGACAAGAAGGCAUCCUACUCGUGUGGCACGAUGAUUUGCUGCAUAUUGUGCCCACCGCGGCCCGGAUCGAGGAGAAGCUACUAGCCAUGGUUUGGGGAACAGGCCAACUGCCCUUCGGGCGUCUGCAAGCCCCAUCGCGACCAGGCUCUAUUCUCUCCACCAACACCUCCAUCUACAAGGUGGACAAGCCUUCGACCCCGGGGCCAGGCAACAUGGGCGCCCUCCCCAACGACAGCGCCGAACAGCUGGAGAAGGAUGAGUCCGUAGACGCCAAGGAGUCGCUCCAGCGGCCCGUUCAGCGCACCAGCGCCUUCUUCGUCGGCAUGGCCAUGUGCCUGGGCAUCGUCCUUCUCUUUGGCACCUACAUUCAGAAGCUGCUGAUUGAGUGCGUCAUCGACGGGACGUAUACGCGUCUGGCGCUAAUUGUUUGCGUGCCGUUCUUGCUGUGCGUCAGUCUGUUCUUCUUCCAGGUCAUCUUUUCGAACUUUUUCCAGAUUUUUGGUCCAAUCGGCGGGCAGCAUACCAACUCCAGGUUCUACUCGUGCAUCAAGCCGAGUCUGAGAAGGGCGUACAUGGACGGGUUCACGGCGCCGCAUAUCACGAUUCAGAUGCCGGUUUAUAAGGAGGGUAUGGAGAGCGUUAUUAUCCCGACUGUGCGGAGUUUGCAGGCGGCUAUUUCGUUUUAUGAGAGUCAUGGUGGCUCCGCAUCGAUCUUUGUCAACGAUGACGGCCUCCGCGUCGUCUCCGAAGAGGAAGCCCAGAAGCGUAUCGAGUUUUACCACGAUAACAAUAUCGGUUGGGUCGCCCGCCCCAAGCACGGUGACGACGGCUUCGUCCGCAAGGGCAAGUUCAAGAAGGCCUCCAAUAUGAACUUUGCCCUCAACAUUUCCCAAAAGGUCGAGAAGUACCUCCAGGAAAUGGUGGAUGCCAAAUUUGCUGCCGAAGGUACCGACCUUAUCGACCAGCAGGAGGAAGAGGAGAUGUACGAGGCUGCGCUUGCAAGAGUCCUCGAGGAGAACCCGCUUGCUCAGGCGGCUGGUAACAUCAGGAUGGGCGAGUACAUCUUAAUUGUGGACUCUGACACCCGUGUGCUUUUGCUACAGCCCGUCGACUGUCUCCUCUACGGCGCCGCCGAAUUGUUCCUCUCCCCUGAAGUCGCCAUCGUCCAACAUUCCACCGGCGUGAUGCAAGUCUCGUGGGAUUACUUCGAGAACGGCAUCACCUUCUUCACCAAUCUCGUCUACACAGCCAUUCGGUUUUCCAUCGGAUCAGGUGAAGUCGCUCCCUUUGUCGGCCACAACGCUUUCCUCCGUUGGCAAGCCGUUCAAGACGUCGGCGUCCCCGAACCCAACGACUACACGGCCUACUGGUCCGAAUCGCAUGUGUCCGAAGACUUCGACAUCGCUUUACGUCUCCAAAUCAAGGGUUCCAUCGUGCGCAUCGCCUCCUACCACGGCACGCAAUUCCAAGAGGGAGUGUCUUUGACGAUCUACGACGAGAUCGCCCGAUGGCAAAAAUACGCUUACGGCGUGUCGGAAAUGAUCUUCCACCCUUUCCACCGAUGGAUCUUCAAGGGCCCCUUCACCCCUCUUUUCUACACCUAUUUGGGCAGCAACAUCAUGUACUCGUCCAAGAUCUCCAUCUUCGCUUACAUGUGUUCGUACUUUGCCCUCGCCUCGGCCCUCAUGCUCACGCUGCUCAACUACUUCCUCGUGGGCUGGUUCAUCGACACCCUCGACCACGCGUACAUGUCCUCCUGGGAAGUCUUCAUUUCGCUGGUGGUCGUGUUCAACGUCAUGGGCCACAUUGCCCUGGCCGCCCUCCGCUACCGCACCGGCGACCGCGGCCUCCUUUCCAGUUUGUGCGAAAACUUCAAGUGGACGCCCAUGAUGACCAUUUUCUUCGGCGGACUCUCCUUCCACGUCACUACCGCUCUACUCGCCCAUCUUUUCCACAUCGACAUGCAGUGGGGCGCCACAAGCAAGGAAAAAGAAAACUCGAACUUCUUCCAGGAGAUUCCCAAGAUCCUCAAGACAUUCAAGUGGAUGUACGUGUUUGUCAUCUUGGUCGCGGCCGGCAUGAUCUACCUGGGCAACUGGGCGCCCGAGGGCUGGGAAAUUAAGGAUUUCUCAGCCAUUGUGCCGUUGGCGAUCAAUUUGAUUAGUCAUGCUUUGACACCGUUGGUGUUGAAUCCCAGUUUGAUGGUUUUCAACUAUUAA